AUGAACCAAUCAGGCACGAACCAAUCAAGCUUACCAGACAUGAAUCAACCAGGCAUGAGCCAGUCAGGAAUGAGCUUAUUUGGUAUGUACCAACUGGACAUAAGCCAACCGAACACAAGUUUACUUGACAUGAACCAACUGAGCAUGAAACAACCAGGUAUGAGCCAACCAGGGGUGAGGCAAGGAGGCACAUGCCACCUAGGCCUGAGAAAACCAGGCCCAAGCCAGUCAGGCACAAGUCAAUCAGGUAUGAGGCAAACAGAUCUGAGCCAAUUCAGCAUAAGUCAACCAGGCCCAAGCCAACCAGGCAUGAAGCUACCAUGCUCAAGCCAAUUCAGCACAAGUCAACUAAGCCUGAGGCAAUCAGGCCCAAGUCAAACAGGCAUGAGGCAACCAGGCCUGAGCCAAUUCAGAAUGAAUCAACCAGGAAUGAGGCAACCAGGCUGGAGUCAAUCAGGAACAAGCAAAGCAGGCAUGAACAAACCAGGCCCAAGCCAACCAGGCAUAAGCCAACCAGGAAGGAGCCAAUCAGGCAUGAGGCAACCAAGAAUGAAUUCUUUCCGAGUAAGACCUGCAGAGGCUCAUGAUUGCCCAGAAAUCCUGCACCUAAUUAAAGAAUUGGCUUCCUGUAAGAACAUGCUGGAUGCAGUGAAGUUAACAGUAACGAAUUUACUCAGGGAUGGCUUUGGGAACAAUCCCCUUUUCUAUUGCCUGAUUGCAGAAGUACACAACCAACAAAAACCAUCAGGCAAAAUGACUAUUGGAUUUGCCAUGUACUACUUUAUGUAUGACCCCUGGAUUGGCAAGUUACUUUACCUAGAGGACUUUUAUGUCAUACAAGCUUACCGACGUCUAGGUAUUGGAGCAGAAAUGUUGAAAAGGUUAAGUCAGAUAGCCAUCAGAAGCCAAUGUAACUGCAUGCACUUUCUUGUUGUCAUUUGGAACCAGGCUUCUAUUGACUACUACACUCAUCGAGCUUUAGAUCUUUCCUCUGAGGAGGGGUGGCAUCUGUUCAGGUUUAACAGACAAGAACUUAUGGAUAUUGCAAAAGAAGAGUGA